UUUGCUUUUUCUUGUCAAAACAAUAACCUCAUUCGCAGAACUGUCACUUCCAGGCGGUGGUGCCAGAUCAAAAAUGCUGUUAACGGUAGAUUGAAGAAAAUAUUUCUGUUUAAAGCAUAAAGGUGGUCGCAAUUGAAGAGCUGGGAGGGGUGUGUGUACUUAUUUAGCUAGUCUCACUUUGGUGAGUGGAAAAUAAAGACUGGGCUUGGUGGCGUUAGCGUGUAGGCCCAAUAAUACUUAGAGACAUUGCAUUGGAGAAAGGGGUGUCUCCGCCUCUCAAAAUAUGGUAAUAUGCCCCCUUUUAUUGAAAAAAAAAUGAACCUGCACUCUUAGGGAGCACAUAUAAAUUAUCCGAUAAAAUUAGCGUUUUGAGGUAAAACGGUUAAAAUGGUUAAAACGGUAGAUAUCCAGUUGGAUAACCCCGUUUUAAAGAAUGUACCAAAAAGUUGGAUGCAAUCCACAUAAGUAACAUUUGAUUCUACCCCCUUCCUUUUUUCAAUUUUUAAAACCGAGUGGAGCCCUCCUCUACAAUUUUCAAGAUCUUGCUACCGAAAUCAACAUCCACCGAAAACAGUUCGGCUACAGCUGGCAACACUAGUAUUGCCUGUCAAAAAAAGGGAAAUAAUAUAGGUGGUUCAAAGUUUGAGGUUAUUUAUUAGAAAUGUAAACGUACACAUUUAUUUAUUUCUCCCUUAAUCCUAUAUCUAAAUGUAACUUGAAGAUGGAAAAGCCUCAGUGCCACAUCGCUUCCAAAGAGCUAGAUGGUGUGACACCAAAAAAAGAUAAUACAGGCUCAGAUAAGAGCAAAAAGGGAUUGACAAAUGUUAGGGCCAUUGUAUUCUUAUUAUUAUGGUAUUUCUUCAGCGGAUGCACCUUGUUUUUGAACAAAUAUAUUUUAACAUACUUGGAUGGCAAUCCUACAGUGCUGGGAGCUUGUCAAAUGCUUAUGACUGCAACAUGUGGUUUCAUACAGCUAUACUUCCCAUGCGGAAUGUAUAAGCCAUCAUCAAGAUUAAAUAAACCACCUGGAUUUUAUCAACAUAUGGUGUUGGUUGGGUGCUUCAGGUUUUUAACAGUUGUAUUGGGUCUAGUAGCAUUGAACUACGUAGCAGUUAGUUUCACUGAAACUAUAAAAAGUUCUGCUCCACUAUUUACUGUGUUAAUAUCAAGGUUCUUAUUAGGUGAACAAACAGGCCUAUAUGUGAAUCUAAGUCUACUUCCUGUUAUGUCAGGUUUGGCCCUUUGUUCAAUAAAUGAAGUCAGUUUUGAUCUUACUGGCUUUAUGGCAGCAAUGGCCACAAAUGUUACUGAAUGUAUCCAAAAUGUUUAUUCAAAAAUGCUUAUAUCUGGCGAUAAAUUCAAGUAUACGCCAGCAGAGUUGCAGUUUUACACCAGCAUAGCUAGUAUAGUGGUACAAAUUCCAGCAACAUUACUCAUGGUGGAUUUUUCUGGGACAGACAGGAUAUCUUAUAAACUCUUGUUUUAUUUCAUACUUAAUGGCAUUUUCUUCCACUUCCAAAGCAUUACAGCUUAUGUACUUAUGGAUUAUAUUAGUCCAGUUACACAUAGUGUUGCCAACACGGCAAAACGAGCCUUCCUCAUAUGGCUGUCGAUAAUAAUGUUCGGCAAUCCGAUAACCAUCCUAAGCGGUUUGGGAACAGUAACUGUGAUAGCGGGUGUAUUUUUAUACAUCAAGGCGCAAGAAUAUGACAACGAGCGAUCAGUCUCGGCUAACUUACUUCAUCGGAAAGUCAGGGCUAUAUAGCAUAUCUAAGCCUUCAUUGAAAUAUGUUUUUGAAUGUGCAGGUAACUAUCAUCACGAACAAGCUGACACCAAUUGUGGAUGGUGGAAGCACUCGAUGCUGGAGUGGAUGUUUCUAGGUGUGAGGUGUGACUGAUCAUACCAAACACUGAAAUGAAGGAACAUGCAGGGAAUUUUGGUUGGUUUUGGGAUUUAAGCUUGAUUUUGGGUAUAGUUCAUAUAUUUGGAUGAUGCUGAAUCAACACUUCAGCUACAUUUGAAGACACUUUGUAGAUUGCCAAUUUGAAAUGCACAGUUUCUGAUAUACACUGUAUUACUACUGAUAUUGCACAACUCGGACAUCAUAGAGAGUAAAUGGCAACGCUGGUUAGGUACUGUUCUUCAAACGACGAGUCUCGCGCCCCGCCCGCAGCUCAAGCACGUACCACUGGACGAGUAUCACAGAACAUGUGUUGCUACUAAUGGUGACGCUCCUUAUGAUGCAAGUGUUGUAUAGUUUUAGGGGUAACAUACUGUAUAAGGUUAUGCCAGGGUAUUUCCUCAUUGUAAGACAGCACUUAAAUUUUAAAGCGAAUGUAAGCAUUGGUACUGAAUGGUAAUGAAAAUAUCAAUGGCAAAAACUACUCAUCAUUACUAUAAAAAACGGUAGUAUCGACAAAAACAAACUAAACAUGUUUUUUUUUCUGGUUAAUAGUGGUUUAAGUAUUUAUCAUAAGAAAAACUUUGAUAAGCAACUAAAAAUGUGAGUAUGUGAACAAAUUAGUAUGUGAUAUAAUCUUGUCAAUUUAUAGUUUAUAAUGUGUUUUGUACCGGGAAUUUUUAUGACCAUAUAUUUUUGAUUUCGAGCUAUCAAUUACUUCAUUUAGAUUCAUUCAUGUUACUUAUAAUUUGUUUGUCCCGUCAGUUAUGAAAAGGAAAAUGCCCACAAACUAUAAUCAUGACUGUAGUCUCGACAACAUGGCAUGUGUCAACAGAUCUAAAUAAGAGACACAAAUUUCUAAUAUGUACUGUUACAGAAAACAUUCUCAAUAUUUUAAACUGCAGGCAGGUGAUAGCUUUUUGAAUAUAAAAAUAUUUAUUUCGUAAUUUAACAAAAUUAUUUCUCUUGUCAGUUCUCAGAUGUCACUUAACAAAUUUACAAGAUAUAAGUUACAUCCUCGGUCAGGUGGGAAAAGUCUAAGGGUAGCGAACAUCAACCAAUAGGAUUCAAAACUACAUUAUUGUUGGUUAAACAAGAUACUUUCGUCCGUUCGGCCAAGAAAAGAAGUCAGCCAACCAUGGGCAGCUGUGUGUUUCUUAGAUACUCAUUAGCAUGGUAUUGCCUUGGUCUCUUAUCUCUGGACGAACCAAAGAAAGCAUCACAAUGAUCUUGUAUGCAGGAGGUACUGUUUAUCAGCUUGAAAUAGCGCGAAGCGCGAUCUAUCUCACCAGAAUCGAACCAUUGUGGAUCGCGCACAGCUGCUAUUAGACGGAACUGUUAUGGAUCUCAGUUCCCGUUUAAUAGCCGUGCCGCUAGAUGGCUGAUGAUUCUGGCUGAAUGUAGAAGUGGUCUACUUGCUUUUGAACAGGUUAAACAAGAUGCUUUCAUCCGUCCGACCAAGAAAAGAUGAGCAGCGAAGAAGCACGAAACAGCUGUCCAUGGUUGGCUUCUUUUCUUGGUCGGAUGGACGAAAUCAUCUUGUUUAACCUGUUCAAUGGCAAGUAGAGCACUUCUACAUUCAGCCAGAAUCAUUAGCCAUCUAGCGGCACGGCUAUUAAACGGGAACUGAUAGCAGCGGUGCGCGAUACACAAUGGUUCGAUUCUGGUGCGAUAGAUGGCGCUUCGUGCUAUCUCAUGCUAUAUUAUUUUUGUUCAAAAUGUAUAAAAUCGGAGUUUUAUGUUACUUGUAUACGAAUGAUAAGAUAAUAUUUCCAAUACUGAAGCUGCAUAGCUCUAUACAUCUGUUUAUGCAACAACGGAAGUCAGUAAUAUCACAUAUUUCAACAUACUAAUUUCAUUUUGAAAUAUCUCGGUUGGUGUUCGUCACCCUAAGAAUCUCAGGUUACUGUCGUGAAGCCGGGCGCGUCUAGCAAUAAGACAGCAAAUGGAGAGUCAACUGCUUCCGGCCGUCAAUACGUCCAUUGUAUAUCUCUUUGACGGCAAAAAGUGUUAAAAUAAUUCAUUGCUGGCGUAGUGUUAACUAUCGUUCAUGUCAAUCACCCUUUGAGGGGCCACAAAAAGCGUCCACCCUCUGCCUACCGGACCACUUAUCUUAGUUAUCCGAAAAAAUAUUUUUAACACAAAACUCGCGAUGGAUUUUGGUAUCCUUUCCAUUUUUUUUGCUAAAGAACGGAAAAUAAUGCCACAGGUUUUGCAGUUGGUAAUGCUACCGCUACGUUUUUUACUUUCCCGCUCGAAGUCUAAAAAAUACGUCAUACCAAAACCCCUCAGUCGUUAGCCAAGCAUUCCACCACAGGUGUAUUAAAUAACUUUGUCAUGGUGGGUAUAGUGUAGCUGCCACUAGACGUAAACAUGAAUGUCCUGCUGAGACUUCUCCCGCCAACCAAUGGAUGAAAAAAAAAAAAUAGUUUAUCUUACAGAAACUUUAAAAGGUUGAAUGAUUUAGGUAGUGUCGAUAAUCGCUCAGGGAAUGGAGUCAUUCUUCCUUUCCCUCUAUGUAUGUUGGAUUAGGUGGUACUACUACUUGUUGAUCAGAACGUGAUGAAAUGUGAAAUAAUGAUUUAUAGGAAUUCAUGUACUUCAAUACAAAGUUUAAUCUAAAAAUAGUAAAAAUAUGAAAGCAGACGUUGAGUUAAAAGAUACGAAGCGUUAGAUAAAAAUUCCAUUCUGUUUAACAUGUACACUGUCACUAUUUGGCACGGUUUACACAAAUGAUAUAGUGCCAGAAAAUGAUUCCAGAGCUGCACUAUUUCAUGUUCUAAAUAAAGUAAAUUAGUACAUAAAGGGCUGAUGAGGUGCAAAAUAAAAAAUUCUACCAUAUUCAGUGUCUGACCUGUCAUCACUUCAAAAAUGGUGCAAUAUACUAUUACUUUUAAAGCCUGUGAUCCUUACCGGCAGUAUUCACUGUAUUAUUUCUACGUGUAUGCUGUCUUAAUUUUUUGCUUGGUUGUGUAUCAUAUACAUUCCAGUAAUUUUUAUGGGAUUCAGUAUUUAAAAUACAUACUUAAAAUGUGUAAAUAUAUGUAUAAAAUAUGUACAGAAGUUUACUGAAUCUGUUGAACCUGUAUGCUGUUUGUUUGCUGUAUUUUUUAUUAAGACGUUGAAACGUAAAUGUUUUGUUUUAUUUAUCACCUAUGUAUGUUAUCAUUGACCGACUCAGUUACGUUAUAUACUUUACGCCAAAAAUUCAGAUCUCC